ACAAAGAAGUAGCGGGAUUUGGUAAUUUUCCCCCGACGCGGUCAUAAUCCAAGGUGCCAAGAUCGAAGAAAUAUCUAGUAGCUGAUUACUAACUUCUAGGAAGUUUCUUACAAGAUGUCGGGGGGUGUUUUGCGUGACAGGCCGCUAGUAUGCUUUCGGACGAUAUGACUUGCUUAUUGUGGUGCAUGUCUGCAAAAUUCCGGCCUACAUUAAAUAUUAAAGUAUUAUAAUAUUGCUGACGUUAAGAUUUACAAUUUUAAUUACACUCUCUCAACGUUGAAAACAGGAACGUUAAGACUAUUCGUAAAAACUGUGUCAGUGCGUGUAUCAUUGCCAAGACCAGUAUCUAAAAUUUUUAUUUUUCUUGUGAUUACGAGGUACGAUUUUCCUAUUUGACGAAAACUCUUCUAAAAAAAGUUGAAAUACAGACAUUGUCAUUACUUAAAAUUGGGAUGGGAGCUAAAGCAAGCACUGUGGCACAAUCUGCUGGAGGUAAUGGACAAUCCUCUACUGGAACGAAUGAAACUACCAUGCAAAGUUUUUCUGUGCUUCGCUCUCUGCCUGGAGCUGUUAGCAUGUUACAGCACCAACAUCAGCAGGGUAAUCAAUCGCAAACAUCUAGAGUAUCAGGAGAUAGUAGGCAACGUGCUAGGUCUUUGAGUUCAGUGCCUGACCUUUCUUCUGGAGAACAAAGCAGUCUUGCCUCUUCUGUUGGAGUUGGAGUUGGCCAAGCGCUUGGUCUACCGCAGCUUGAUUUAGAUGAUGCAGAUGAAGAUACCGGACGGGUGCUGAAUGCUGCUCACAGCUUGCCUUCUCAUAUUUGGUCUCUUAACGGUUUAAAGUGUCCUGUUUGCUCCAAAUUUAUCCUACCGGAUGAUAUAGAAUGUCACCUGGUCAUGUGCCUGACCAAACCACGUCUCAGUUACAAUGAAGACGUAUUAUCAGACGAGAAAGGCGAAUGCGUGAUUUGUCUCGAAGAUUUACAACCUGGUGAUGUUAUAGCCCGUUUACCUUGCCUUUGUAUAUACCACAAAAAUUGCAUCGAUAAAUGGUUUCAAGUGAACCGUAGUUGCCCAGAACAUCCCGGGGAUUGAUUUAUAUCCACUGAACAUGGAAGAGCACAACGCAACUAGUUGCUGGCCCAGAGACUCUCACCUCGAUGGGAAAUACUAUGGGAAGAAACGGCAAAAAUUUGAAAAAAGCUAGUCAAGAUGGCUACUAGUCCACUGUGGUGGUUGGUGCGCGCGGUUGUUCCGACUGAAUGAUACAUACUCAAUUUGAAUAUGAGAACAGACAUUUAAUUAAAUCCUUGAUUAUAUUACUUAUAAGCAGAGGACUUAAAAAAUCGCCAUAAGAUUCAACGACACAAUGCUAUUACUUAUAUGUAUCUGUAAUUAAUCUAUUAGUACUCUAUAGCUUAUUAUCAAUUGUACCAUAUUUAUAAAUUUUACUUAGUUCUACAUCUUGAAGUCGGAUUAGAGUUAAGCGACAUGAUCUGUAUUGUUAUUGGUUAUUACACCUUCUUUGGAAAAGGGGGUAGAAUGAAUCGUAGUCGCAGGGCCUGUAUAAUAAUUAGGCGACCUCUAUUUUAAAUAAGUUGAUUAUAUUUUAGUGAUUUAAUUAUAAAUCCAAUGUUUCAUUUUUGUUGUCUGUUGGGGAAUGAAUACCAGAAAGGAUAUUUUUGAUACUUUCAUAAAAGGAAGAGUUGGAUAUAUAAAAGUUUUAAGAAACGGACUUUUACUAGUAACGAUGUUGACCUGUAACAACAAUAAAAGUAUAGAUUUAAUUUCUUUAUUAGAAUUUAAACUUUGUGAUAAAUUUCAUUUACUUUUUUAGAAAAUCAUCGUUCUCCAAUUAUGGGAUGUAAUUUACUAUUAAUUAAAAUUAGUUAUUUUAUAAUUAAUAUCUUUUUUAUAUGGUAAGCAUUAACAUAACUCGUAGUAGUUUUUGUAACAGAGAUAAACGUGGUCUGUCAAUUUUCCAGUAAUGUACGUAUUGUAUAUAUCUGGAUUAGACUUGUAUUACAGAAGGUGAAAAAGUCUAAUAAAGUGAACAUUUCAAACCAAACUAACUACAAAAAUGAAUCAAGCAUUCAAUAUAUUAGAUAUAACGAUAUGAAAUAAACAUAAAUUCUGUAUUAAGAAAAAUAUAAAAUUUACUACUGUU